AUGUUUGCCAAGUUGAAGGGCCUCUUGAGUGGCCCCCAGGUGCCAGCAGCUUCAGGAACCACCGGAGCGGCCCCUGGCCCAGCUCCGGCUCUAGCUCCAGCUCCGGCUCCAGCUCCAGCUCCAGCUCCGGCUCCGGCUCCAGCUCCAGCCGAGGAUUGUUCCCCUUUCCCAGACUCAGCUCCAGCCCCAGCUCCAGCUCCAGCCCCAGCUCCAGCUCCAGCUCCAACACCAGCCCCGGCCCCCACAGCGGCUCCAGCUAACCCCGAUCAAGCUGGACCUGAGGGACAAGAGGCAGCCCCUCCUCCACCUCCACCCAUCGUCAUCAACAAGUACUCAGACGAGCAACUCAGAUCCAUCAUCAAACGGAUGAGAGAGAGACUGCAGCUCUACGAGGAGAAAGUGGCUGAUAAGUAUGCUUCAUCCCCAGAGAUCAGCCCUCCUGUCACACCUCUGCUACGCAAAGACCACUACACAAAAGUCAUAGAGGAGAGGAAAAGGCAAGCAGAGGAGGAGCGGAUAAAGAAAGAGGAGGCUGAGAAGAAGAAGAAAGAGGAGCAGGAGAAGAAAAAGAAGGAGGACGAGCAGAAGAAGAAAGAGGAGGAGGAGAAGAAGAAGGCAGAGAAUAAAGAUGAGAAAAAGGAGGACAAGAAGGACAUUAAGGCCCAGCUUAUAGAAGCCGCUUGGAUUUCAGUGGACAUGGUCCUGAAGCCAAUCGAGGACCAGAUGGAUCAUGUGCUGGGGAAGACCAUCGACCCUUUUACAGACCGUCGCUACAUUGCCUGGCUGAGCUUGGUGACUCUGGCCUUCAACUACAACACCUGGUUCAUCACCGCCCGCCUUUGUUUCCCGUACCACACUGACAACGCCAUCCCUUAUUGGUUCGCUCUGGACUUGCUGGCCGACCUAAUCUACAUCACAGACUUCAUCAUCUUCCAGCCCCGCAAACAGUUCGUCAAAGGAGGAGACAUCAUAAAAGACAGAGUGAUGACAAAGAAGAACUACAGAGAAUCAGAGAGAUUCAUGAUGGACAUGUUGUCCUUCAUGCCGUUCGACUUGCUGUACUUCCAGUUCGGAUUCAAAUCCAUUUUCAGAGCCAAUCGUCUGCUGAAGGCAGAAACAUUUUUCGAGUUCAGCGAUCGCCUGGAGAGCAUCAUGGCCAAGGCUUACAUCUGGAGAGUAAUUCGAACCAUCGGCUAUCUUCUCUUCAUGCUCCACAUCAACGCCUGCUUUUACUAUGUGGCGUCGGACUACCAGGGCAUUGGGAAAACGAAAUGGGUCUACUCCGGUAUUGGCAGCCCGUACCUGCGUUGUUACUACUUUGCUGUCCGCAGUCUGAUCAACAUCGGGGGUCUUAACGAACCCCAUACCGUCUUUGAGAUUACCUUUCAGAUGACUAACUUUUUCACGGGCGUCUUUGUGUUCUCCAGUUUGAUUGGACAGAUGAGGGAUGUCAUUGGUGCAGCCACAGCAGGACAAACCUACUUUCGAUCCUCCAUGGACAACACCGUGGCCUACAUGGUGACCAACCGCAUCCCCUCUAUGGUGCAGAACCGAGUCCGCACCUGGUACACCUACACUUGGGAUGCUCAGGGCAUGCUGGAUGAGUCAGAGCUGCUGGAUAAGAUGCCUCUGGUGAUGAGAACUGCCAUCGCUGUUGACAUCAACCUGGCAACCUUUCAGAAGAUUGAUCUUUUCAAGGGCUGUGACCAGCAGAUGUUGGUGGACAUGUUACUAAGGCUCAAGUCUAUCAUCUAUCUACCUGGAGACUUUGUCGUGAAGAAAGGCGACAUCGGUAAAGAGAUGUACAUCAUUAAAAGCGGAGCGGUGCAGGUGGUGGGAGGCCCUGACAACAGCAUUGUGUUUGUCACACUGAAGGCUGGCUGCGUGUUCGGAGAAAUCAGUCUCUUGCAGUCAUCCAAAGAUGGAGGGAACAGGCGGACGGCUAAUGUCAAGGCUUACGGCUUCGCUAACCUCUUUGUCCUGGAGAAGAAGGACCUGUUCGACAUCCUGGUGCACUACCCGGAGUCUCAGAAAGUGUUGGCCAGGAAGGGCAGGAAGCUCAUGAAGGCGAAGGGUCCAGCAGCAGCUAAAGCAGAAGAGGAGAAGAAGAAGGGGCUGGCGCUGUUCGGACCCAAACCGCCCACACCCAAAAUGCUGCGCGCUCUUGGCGGAACCAUCAACAGAACAAUUAUUGAUAAAAUGAAGGCUAAUGCUGGAGGCCAGUGA